UCUUUGUCAGUGUCAUGCUGCUCUAGUAAAGGUGAAUCUCAUCAUGCCAAUGGAAGCACAACUGAAGAAAUUACGACAAAUGCUGGAGAAAGAAUGCCAGCUCAACCAGGAACUCCAGAACCAGAACACAGAGCUAAAGCGACAGCUUGAACAGAAAGAGAGAUUGUUACAGAGGCUGCAAGGACAACUGGAUGAGCUUGAUUGUGCACCUCAACGACACAGUAAUGAAAUGCCUGAGGUUCGACAGAGUCGGGCAGCUGUCAUGGCCAGGGAGCGCGUACCAGAGGUCCUGGAAAUCACUGCCAACAGAGUCAAUAAAACUGCCAGUGAAAAAGCUCAGAUCGUGAAGGCCAUUGGUAAGAAUGAUUUCCUCCGUCGUCUGGAUGAGGAGCAGCUCAGUAUGAUGGUUGAUCUGAUGAAGGUUAUGGACUGUCGUCCUGGCGAGGACAUCAUACGAGAGGGCACAGAGGGAGACAGCAUGUACAUUGUUUUUGAGGGUGAGCUGAGGGUUACUCAGUCUGGACGUGAUCUGCGAACUUUGAGCCCCGGUGAUGUGUUUGGGGAACUGGCCAUUCUAUACAACUGUAAACGCACAGCAUCUGUCAAAGCCAUCACUGCAGUAAAGUUAUGGUGUAUUGAGAGACAAACAUAUCGAAGCAUCAUGACCAACAAAUCCAAGAAGAAAAGAGAGCAACUCAUGUACUUCCUGAAAACGUCUCGCACUUUGAAAGCCCUGAAUGAUGUUCAGCUGUCAAAGAUCAUUGAUUCCAUGGAGGAAGUGAAGUUUCAGGACAAUGAAGUGAUUGUCCGGGAGGGAGCAGAGGGCAAAACGUUUUAUAUCAUUCUCAAAGGAGAGGUUUUAGUGACAAAAAAAGUGAACGGACAGCAGAAAAUCAUUCGUACGAUGAGUGAGGGGGAACACUUUGGAGAACUGGCUCUAAUACGAGAUAUCCUUAGGACAGCCACAUGCACAGCUGUGGGAGCUGUCACUUGCUUUUCCAUUGAUAAAGAGGUUUUUGAGGAGACCAUUCCUUUUGAAAGCCUUGAGCUCCAUGACGAUGUUGAUUUACUGGAGGAUGAUGUAAAGCCAGAGAAGGUUGGGCCAGAAACAUCUCUAAAGCUGAAAGAUCUCGUCCCUGUACUGUACCAGGAGGGAAGUCAUCAAGGAGAUCCUGUCACUCUCGGAGUCGGGGGGUUUGGAAAAGUGGAGCUGGUAACUACCUUGCAGCACAGAACGUACUUUGCUGUGAAGAAGAUCAGUAAACAACACAUUGUUGCAAAGAAGCAGGAAGCACACAUUAUCCUAGAAAGGAAAAUUCUCCAAGCAAUCCAAUGUGACUUCAUUGUCAGGCUGCAUGCUGCCUUCAAAGAUUCCCGCUACAUCUAUAUGAUAAUGGAGUUUUGUCCUGGUGGGGAAAUCUGGACCAAGCUGAAACAAGCAAGACGCUUUGAGGAGAAUAUAUCUGUGUUCAUAACAGCGUGUGUGGUUGAAGCUUUUGCAUACCUCCAUAACAAAGGGAUCCUGUAUCGAGACCUAAAACCGGAAAAUCUCAUGCUGGACUCCAAAGGAUAUGUGAAAUUGGUUGAUUUUGGUUUUGCAAAGGAGCUUUCUUGGGGUGAAAAGACAUAUUCCUUUUGUGGUACUCCUGAGUACAUCCCUCCAGAGAUCAUUCAGAACCAUGGCCAUGACUUCGCUGCUGACUUCUGGUCACUUGGCAUUCUAAUCUACGAGCUGCUCGUGGGCAGUCCGCCAUUCUCUAGUUCAGACCCACAGAGGAUCUAUGCCAAGAUCUUGGAUGGUGUGCUGAAUUUCCCAUCAUAUAUGGGGGAAGGUGCCAAGUCUCUCAUCAGUAAAUUGUGCAGGCCACGUCCUGGACAGCGUCUGGGCAAUACAAAAAAUGGAAUCAAAGAUGUCCGACAUCACAGAUGGUUUAACAGCAUUAACUGGCAUAAAUUAAGAAUGGGGCAGAUGGAGGCACCUACUAUUCAGCUUAUAAGAAAGGGUCCCUGCUAUAUAAACUUUGACCGCUUUCCCUAUGAUACGACCCAAGCAGAGGAGGAAUUUUCAGGCUGGGAUUGUGAUUUCUGAACAGCUGACAAAUCUUAAGGUUCCUGAUAUCUAAAGGAAAUGUCUACUUCCCAAGUUAUUUACUCCGAAAUAUACUCACAGUUUAAUCUAUAAUCUAAUUUAAGGGAAGAUAAGCUCUUUUAUCUUCUUCAGUCUUGGCUUAUGACUGAACUUUAGUAUAUAUAUAUAAAAAAUAAAGUCUUUCACAGAGAGUAAGUAAAAAUGACUUCAAUAAAAACUAUUUUUGAAGGGAACUCCCAGAGCCCAGUCACACUAGAGAAUAUUUUAUUAGUAAUGAAUAUUAUGUAUAUUACUUAAUUCAAUUUAAUUAUGAAUAUUUAAUUUAAAUAAAUGUGAUUGUAGUUUUGUACUGUUAUUGCCAAGGUAUUAUAAUAAA